AUGUCUAACGCAACAACAGUGACCAAGCCUUCAAACAAAGAAAACCCCCGUGUCUUCUUUGAUAUAGACAUUGGUGGUGAAAGAGGUUAGGACAUUUUUAAUAAAUGCGUUUAGUCAUACAACUGGGACUCACUAGGCUAAUGGCUAGCUAGCAGCACCGGGUAAUGUUCGUUUAUAGAAAAAAACACAUUCAUUCAUGCAAGCUAGCUAACCAUAGCUAGCUAUCGUGUUCUUAAAUUGUUAACGUUAUGCCACAGCCAAACUGCAGCGACCAAUGUAGCUAUGUAAAAUAAAAAAAUUGCAAUUUGCAUGCUGUUUUAAAGAUGUAGAUGCUUGUCUUGUUAGCUAGUUUUACUGUGUGAAUGUAGUUAGCCUAACAACUUUGUUACCGUUCAUUCGCAAUGAUACAUUGCAUUCGAAGCACGUGCUGUCAUGUGUUGCAUAAAUAGUCAACACACCAGUAUCUACCCGAUUAUCUAGUUCAGGACUAAACUGCUUAUUUGAUGAGUUAGUUACUACAUGUACUUAGAAAUUGCAUGUAUCAAGACCAGCUAUCCACACAGUCAUGACAUAUUUUGUUUGUUGUCACCAGUUGGCCGAAUCGUGUUCGAACUGUUUGCUGAUGUUGUCCCCAAAACUGCUGAAAACUUUCGAGCACUCUGUACUGGUGAGAAGGGAACUGGCAAAACCACAGGGAAACCACUCCAUUUCAAAGGAUGUCCAUUCCACAGGAGUACGUAAAUAUGACUUUCCACUGUUUGUGUGGAACUCUGCCCCAAACACCCAACGUUUCAAAUUCAUAAGCGGUUUAUAGCUAUGUAAUUGAGGCUAUAUCUGCAGUAGCCAUGUAGCUACAUUUCCCCUCCCCUCAUUUUGUUGUACAUUACUACCUUGAAACCUCUUUUACUGAUGCAUAGCUAUUAUAGAUCACAUCUAUGAUACAGUAGUAAAUCCAUUUUAUAGUAACAAACUGCUGUAAGAUAAUGACCUCUUACAUGUAUUUUACGCUGUCAAUCAAUUUUAGUCAUCAAGCAAUUCAUGAUCCAGGGAGGCGAUUUCUCCAACCAGAAUGGCACUGGAGGAGAGAGCAUCUAUGGGGAGAAGUUUGAAGAUGAGAACUUCCAUUACAAGGUAAGGAUUUUCAUAAUGGCGUGGAAUAACAUAUAGCUGGGGCCAGGAGAUUUUCCGGACCAGUACAAAGUCUGGGCCUUAGUUAUAGGGAAAACUCCUGGCCCUAAUCAUAACAUAUAAUUUCAGUUUUCUUCAUCAUCUCUAAAUAAACAUGUGGGUUUCUGUCUCUUCUCCAGCACGACAAAGAGGGCUUGCUGAGUAUGGCCAAUUCUGGACCCGCCACCAAUGGCUCCCAGUUUUUUAUCACCACUGUGCCUACUGCUCAUCUAGAUGGCAAACACGUGGUCUUUGGACAAGUCUUGAAGGGGAUGGGGCUGGUGAAAACACUGGAGGCCAUAGAGACCAACGAGGACACACCUGUCAAGGUAAAUCAGUGAAAGGAACUGCCACAUUAAGUAGGAGCUUGGUGUAAUGUGUGUGAUGACAUUGUCUUCAGAGGUUGUAUUGGGGCGUAUUAAAACUGCAGCAAGCUGUAUGUUUUGCAGCAGGUAGAUGACCUAGUAUUUUUCUGUAAAGUGCGUGACACUUGUGAAAUGCUCAUUGUGUAUUAACAGUUCUGCUCUGAUGUUUCUUUCCACAUAGCUGUGUGUAAUUGCUGAGUGUGGUGAGCAUAAAGAUGGGGAGGACUGGGCAAUAGCACUGAAUGACGGCUCAGGGGACACCCAUCCAGACUACCCAGAGGACUCCAACGUCGACUUAAAAGAUGUUAGUAGGCCUACCUCUUUUUUUUCUCUGAACGCUUCUCGCAAGAUACUCAUGCUAAGUUCUUACUACUAAGUAUUAAUAAGCAAAGAAUAUAGUCUUAACCUUUAUUCAACCUCAGUCAGCAUAUGUGGAUUUAUUUAGUCUGUCAAUUUAAAAAGUGUAUAAUGAACUAUGAAUUGUUCUGAAAGAGCUGAAAAAUCUGGACCCCUACAAAUCAGCUGGGCUAGACAAUCUGGACCCUUUCUUUCUAAAAUUAGCCACUGAAAUUGUCGCAACCCCUAUUACUAGCCUGUUCAACCUCUUUCGUAACGUCUGAGAUCCCCAGAGAUUGGAAAGCUGCCGCGGUCAUCCCCCUCUUCAAAGGGGGUGACACUCUAGAUCCAAAUUGUUACAGACCUAUAUCCAUCCUGCCCUGCCUUUCGAAAGUUUUUGAAAGCCAAGUUAACAAACAGAUCACCAACCAUUUCGAAUCCCACCGUACCUUCUCCGCUAUGCAAUCCGGUUUCCGAGCUGGUAAUGGGUGCACCUCAGCCACACUCAAGGUCCUAAACAAUAUUAUAAAAGUAAUUGAUAAAAGACAGUACUGCGCAGCCGUCUUCAUCGACCUGGCCAAGGCUUUCGACUCUGUCAACCACCGCAUUCUUAUUGGCAGACUAAAUAGCCUUGGUUUCUCAAAUGACUGCCUCGCCUGGUUCACCAACUUCUUCUCAGAUAGAGUUCAAUGUGUCAAAUCGGAGGGCCUGUUGUCUGGACCUCUGGCAGUCUCUAUGGGGGUGCCACAGGGUUCAAUUCUCGGGCCGACUUUAUUCUCUGUGUAUAUCAAUGAUGUUGCUCUUGCUGCUGAUGACGCUCGGAUCCACCUCUAUGCGGACGACACCAUUUUGUAUACAUAUGGCUCUUCAUUGAACACUGUGUUAACAAACCUCCAAACGAGCUUCAACGCCAUACAACACUCCUUCUAGUAAAACUAAAUGCAUGUUCUUCAACCGAACGCUGCUUGCACCCGCCCACCCGACUAGAAUCACUACUCUCGGCGGGUCUGACCUAGAGUAUGUGGACAACUACAAAUACCUAGGUGUCUGGUUAGACUGUAAACUCUCCUUCCAGACUCACAUUAAGCAUCUCCAAUCAAAAGUUAGAUCUAGAAUCGGCUUCCUAUUUCGCAACAAAGCCUCCUUCACUCAUGCUGCCAAACAUGCCCUUGUAAAACUGACUAUCCUACCGAUCCUUGACUUCGGCGAUGUCAUUUACAAAAUAGCCUCCAACACUCUACUCAGCAAAUUGGAUGUAGUCUAUCACAGUGCCAUCCGUUUUGUCACCAAAGCCCCAUAUACUACCCACCAUUGUGACCUGUACGCUCUUGUUGGCUGGCACUCACUACAUUUUACAUUUACAUUUUAGUCAUUUAGCAGACACUCUUAUCCAGAGCGACUUACAGGAGCAAUUAGUGUUAAGUGCCUUGCUCAAGGGCACAUCGACAGAAUUUUCACCUAGUCGGCUCGGGGAUUAGAACCAGCGACCUUUCGGUUACUGGCACAACGCUCUUAACCACUAAGCUACCUGCCGCCCCACUCACUACAUAUUCGUUGCCAAACCCACUGGCUCCAGGUCAUCUAUAAAUCACUGCUAGGCAAAUCCCCGUCUUAUUUUAGCUCACUGGUCACCAUAGCAACACCCACCCGUAGUCUGCGCUCCAGCAGGUACAUCUCACUGGUCAUCCCCAAAGCCAACACCUCCUUUGGCCGCCAUUCCUUCCAGUUCUCUGCUGCCAAUGACUGGAACGAAUUGCAAAAAUCUCUGAAGCUGGAGACUCUUAUCUCCCUCACUAACUUUAGGCGUCAGUUGUCAGAGCAGCUUACCGAUCACUGCACCUGUACACAGCCCAUCUGUAAUUAGCCCAUCCACCUACCUCAUCCCCAUAUUGUUAUUUAUUUUGCUAAUUUGCACCCCAGUAUCUCUAUUUGCACAUCAUCUUUUGCACAUCUAUCAUUCCAGUGUUAAUACGAAAUUGUAACUAUUUUGCACUAUGGCCUAUUUAUUGCCUUACCUCCAUAAUUUACUACAUUCGCACACACUGUAUAUAUAUUUUCUGUUGUAUUUUUGACUUUAUGUUUUGUUUACCCCAUAUGUAACUCUGUGUUGUUGUUUUUAUCGCACUGCUUUGCUGUAUCUUGGCCAGGUCGCAGUUGUAAAUGAGAACUCGUUCUCAACUGGCUUACCUGGUUAAAUAAAGGUUAAAUAAAAUAAAAAUAAAUUGCUGUGAUUGUGAAAAUGGCAUAAAAGUCUCACACUUGUCUUUUUGGUUAGGUUGACAAAGUCCUGUCUGUUGCUGAAGAUAUUAAGAAUAUUGGGAACAACUUCUUCAAGAACCAAGACUGGCAGUCUGCAAUCAAGAAGUAUUCCAAAGCUCUCAGGUGGAACAUGGUCCUGGGCUCACUCUCUAGCUGUGAUUUGUGUGUGUACUAGGCCUGCGUGUGUCACAGCAUGACGUGCAUUUGAAUGUGCGAUGACCAUAGGAGUUGACCAAAUGGCGCAAACAGAUCUGGGACCAGGCUAGCAAAGUGUGGACUAAAUGGUGAAACGGGUCUCUUGCCAGGUAUCUGGCGGUUGGCGGAGACGAGCAGGCGAUUGAGAAGGCCCAGGCGAAGCUGGAGCCCACAGCAGUGAGCUGCAUUCUCAACACAGCUGCCUGUAAACUGAAGAUGCAGCUCUGGCAGGAAGCCAUGGACAGCUGCGACGAGGUAAGUAUUUUAGGCCAGCCAAAAUCCUAGAAGCAAGCCCUGUCACGCUACCAUCACUAGGCUACAGUACAACUGUUAAUUAAUGGCAAAGAUUCAAAGGCCAUUCGUGGUCAGUACUAUAAGUCUUUAUGGAACUGAUUGUGAGUGCAACUUAGGAUACGUAUCAUAUUAUUAGGUACAUUUGUAGAUAAACAUUUUAAAUAAAUGCUUUAGUGUAAAACUUAGUACAGUUACUCUUUAGUCAGAUUUUGUGUGUUUGUUUUCAGGCACUGAAGUUGAACCAGAAAAACACUAAGGCUCUGUUCAGGAGGGCCCAGGCCUGGCAGGGACUGAAGGAGUACAGUAAAGCCAUGGUAAAGAAACACUUAUCAUACCAACCAUAUUUCUGACUUCAGAAUGUGUAGCCUUGGUGCCAGCCUAACUAAAAUGUGCUCUUUCUGGACUGGAACCAAUGCCACAGAACCAUUUAUUUGCACUAAAGGAUGCCGUCAAAAGAGUUGGCCGGAAUCAUUUAUUAUAAUCAGUGAAGUUGACUUGUCUGUUGACUCACUGAAAUGUUUCAACUUGUUCCAUUACAGAGUGAUCUGAAGAAAGCUCAAGAAAUUGCACCAGAGGAUAAAGGUUGUUACCGCUUUUUUAACGUGACAAUCAAUCCAGGGGAUCAUAUGUCCUCGUGUUCCUUUGAAUAUCCCAAAGGCUAACUAUAGAAUACAUGGUCAAUAGUUAGAGCAGUAUGAUGUUUGUCAAAUGAAACUUGUUUAGAAAACCCCUUUGACAGAUGUGCAACAUUGAUUUGCCAUUUCAUCAUGAUAGGUUGUUUUCCUUGCCUGACAAGUAAAUUUACUUUUUGCAUCCUUUGACAGCGAUCGAAAACGAGAUGAAGAGAGUCCAGAUAAAAGUGAAGGAGGAAAAGGAGAAAGAGAAGCAAAUCUAUUCCAAAAUGUUUGCAUGAAGAUCUCAGACAAUCAUUUGAUAUAAUAUAAGCCUACCCUAAAAGUACACUUGCCAAUAAUGAGUUAUUUCGUUUAGGCAGCUAGCUACAAUACAGGUCCGAAUUGAAAACCAAGACUGUAUAAUCAUAUUGGCUGUUGGAAGUUUUAUGAGUGGCACACAAGGGUAGCUGAAAAUAAAGUAUGGAUACACGUAACGAAAUGUUGAAUUUUUUAAAAAGAGGAAUCGUAACCCUGUCAGCAUUUUGUCAAAGUAUUUCACUGUAUUAAUUUCUUUGGAGGGUUAUUCUGUCAAUGAUACUGUCAUGUUUACUCUGAAUGACUACUGUAAUAUCCCUUUAUUUAUGUCUGAACGUUUAAUAUAAGCCAUAAAGAUGAAAUGUGGUUGGUUGACUCAAAUUCUGGA